AUGGCUGAAAAGAAGGACUCGUCUGCUGCACCGUCUAAACAAACUGAGGUUCCCGAAGUUUCUAAAGAAACUUUAAAUCAGUGGGAGACAGAAGCCAAGGAUGGUAAAGAUGAAAGUCAGGUGAAACUGGGAGACUAUCUUCUGAAGCUUGCUGAUUCUGGAAUAGAAAGAGAGGAGAAUGCUCAGAAAGCUAUACAUUGGCUUGUGCAGGCAUCAAAGCAAGGCAAUGAUGAUGCUACCAAAAAGCUGGGAAAAUGUCUCAAAACAAAAACAGGCAUCACAGCUGAGAAUGAAGAAAAUGUUCAGUGGUGUGUGGAAACAAGUAACUUUGAGAAGAAAGUGCGGUCAGCAUCUUGUGGUCUUUUCCACACCUUGUCAGGGACACAUCAGAAAGUGAUGUCUUUAGAAGAAUAUAUCACAGCAGUCAAGAAAGUAUCAGGGGGAGAUGUUUUGGAGGAGAAAGUUCUUAUAGCUGCAGGUAAGAAGAUUGGUGACAACAUCAGUGAAACAGAAUUUGCCAAAGUUUUAUCAAAAAAGAUUCAAGGAAAGAUAACUCUGACAUCGUCAGAAAAAGAUUCCCAAUCAGAAGAGUACAAAAAAGCUGGAAUUAUCAACAAGGUUAUCAAGCAUCCGAAAGCUACAGCCAUGGUUCUUUUCGAUGAGGCAUUGGAAUGGGUUUCUGAUGAAGGUUUGAAAUUUGGCUGGUCCCUUAUUCCAACAAAUCAGCUUUACUUGCUUGGUGUGUUUUUUCUGUACAGUUUCAUAUCAACAAAGCUCCUGUUUCUUGUUAUCCCACUCAUUGUAUUUUACAUUGCGAUUACCAUCAUGGUUAUCUCGACCUUACAAAUGUUCUACAAGAGCAAGAAGUUAAGGGACGCUACUGCAAUGGCAAGCAUUCUCAAGAAUUAUGAUGUAGGAGUAGAUGUUGAUGAUACAAAGUCACAGUACUCAUGGAACUCGUUAACACCAUAUUUGGUGUAUUUUGGUGCCUUACCUUUUUUGAUAGUUAGCUUUUCAUUGGCUAACAAAUUAUUCAUACCCUGCUCUGAAUUGAUGAUACUCUCUGGCGUGUUGUCUGCUAUUUGUUUUUCUGCGUUAAGUGACAGUCAUGAUCUUAUCACACUGAUGGCAUUGGGAUGCAACUUUCUCGCCUCGCUUCCCACAUUUUUCCAUGCAUUUCCUGACAUACCGGUCAUCACCCCGAUCCUACACUUUGUAACAGGUUCGUUAUUCUCUAUAGAGCUUGGUUAUGGUUUUUCUCUGAAUUUCGGGAUUCCUUCUCUUUCACACAUUGUAAUUGGUGUAUUUUUUAUCAUCAUGGCGAUGCAGAAGUCCUUCAAUGGUUUGUACCGGGUGUUGAUUCCACACCUAAUCUGUUACUUCUGGUGGAAUUUCAUGACGUCACUCUUUCCUUUUACGACCUGGACUGGAUUAGCCCGUGCUGGUGUUGGCUAUUUGUUUCUUCCUCUUCUCUUUCCGUUUAUAUUAUUAGCCAUUUUCGGAGGUUUUCUGUAUUUCAUUUAUCGUCUUUUCCUCACAGAGCUUUUCGGGAAGGUUGUUAUAGCUCUUCUGAUGCUGUCUGUGCCAAUUUUGUUAACACAGACUAAAGCACUCUUUGGGAAAAAGACAGAUAAAAAGUAUAAGAAUGUCAAGACUAUUGUCAUGGUAAUUUUCGGUGUUUUAGCUUUCAUCCCUCUAGCCUUUAUUCGGCUACCAAGUUUCAAAUCAAAGGGGAAAUUAAAUCUUUCUUGGGAAGACUACAGCAGUAUUUGUGUUGAUGGACUAACGAGCAACACAGCACCAAAUCAAAUGCUGUGCAGUCAUUUCAUUGGCCAGAAAAUUGUAUGGGAGGGAACAUUUGUCGGUUCAAAGGUUACAAAGAUUGAAAAUAGUGUUGCACCAUUACUGAGUAGCUUGCCAGGAUUUAUUGCAGAACAACUUCGCUGCAUAUACGGAGAAGAAUUUGGAGACUGUGAUUCUGAUGAAAUCACAGAAAAGGAACAACAAAUUUGUCAGCUGAUGAAAGGGGCAGGGAGAGACUGUCACUUGAAGAAACAUGACACUUUCUCAUUUCUGGUCAAUGUAGAAAUGCCAGACUCUGUGAUGCUUAAUUUGGAUGCGGGCGAUGGAUUUAAAGCAACAGUUGCUGCUUUAGAAGCUGAAGACAAAGUCAGAGUUACAGCAACUCUUCAUGAUGGCUUUGGGACAAAAGCCUUACAUCUGAAGCUGAAACAUAUUAGUUGUCUGAGCAGAGAGCUGCCAGUCAUGGAAAUGAUUGAAGAAGAAGAUGAUGAUGAAAUCAUUGAAAAAGCCAUGAAUGAAGCUGUCACUGUUGCAUUUAAUUUCUUCUGGUAUCCUUUGGUUGAAUAUACUCCUUAGUUUCUCAAGGCCAAAAGCACAUAUAGGAA